AUAAAACAUGCCCUGUGUAUUCACAGGUGAGAAUACAGACUCCAGAGGGUAAAGCAAGAUAAAUAUCUGACUCAAAAUGUAAUGUUCCAGGAAACAGGAUAUCUUUACUAUCCCCUCGGGGCAAUUUGUUGCGCAGUCAGUAGUAUCACAAGCACAUGAACGAUUUUUAAAAAGUACAAAAUGAAUAAAGAAAUACAGAAAAUACAUCAUGCUGUGUUAGUAACAAAACAAAUAUAUACAUUGAAAAACUCAGGUGAAAGGGUCAAGUGAGAUUAUCUAAGAAGCCAGUGGCUUUUGGGACUUUUUUUUUUUUUUCCUAUUUGUCCUGCAAUAUCUACAGCCAAAUGGAAGCAACCUGAGCUCACUGAAUAAGGGGUGACCGGGGUCAGCCAGGACUGACUGGACCUUCUUCAGCGUUCUUAUCAUGUACACAUCAGUCACAUUGUUUCUUAAUACUCACAAUCACAUAAUACUCACAUCGUUGGUAUUUAGGUUUCUUAUUGUUGUACUCUAAACUAUAAUCAACUCUGUAACUUUUUUUGCUGCUACGAGCACUUUGUCGACAACCAACAACAACAACACCAGCACUUUAUCUAUGCACAUUCCUGCCUUGCACUUCAUAUCAGGAGCUGCUACUUGGACUGCCUUUUAGUGUUUUGUAAGUUGUUCCUCCCUGCACUGUAACAACUUGGUUAUUUUAAAUGUGGAAAUUGUAUGUCUGUACUGUCUCUGUGCUGUCCUCUGUUCAUCUGUAUUUUAGGUUUCUUUGUUUUUUAGAUUGUGGUCUGUGUAUAUUGUAAAUUAUAUGUUGGGACUACAGAUGGAAAUUAGCAGUUAUUGCUAAAUUUGGUGCGACCAUCUCCUCAUCUCUUGUAAAUGAUUAAUGCUAUUGCACACUGUCCCUUGAUAAACUAAACUAAACAAGAAGCAGCCAGGUCCAAAGAGAACUAUGUGUUCCCAAGACUGAAUUUUAUGAAGUUUUGUUUCACAGUGAGGGGGUGACUUAAUUUAAAGAAAGCAUCUCUGUGUUUUAACUUGAGCUAUUCGUUGGCAGAGAGUCACAUUACACAGAUUUUAGUUAGACCAGAGUUAUGAUAAUUCUGUUCCAGAAAACAUUCCACAGACUUCUUCACAUUUGGCACAUUUCUGUGCAGUAUGGUGUUAGGUACUGUUUGAUUUUCUUAGACAAAAGUUAUUUUCACCUUUGAUGUAAGCAGUCAAUCACUCUCACUCUCUCUCACACAUACACACAGUCAUUAAGUCAACCAGCUUCAGGUGUGUGAGCUUGUCUCACAGCUGAACUGUGAUUUUAUUAAACCACAGGAGCAACUGAGGAGGAAGUGACUCUUUCAGUGUGUGAUGUGUGUGAGGCGUCCACUCCUGAACAAGCUGCUGCUUCACACACACAGACUAAGAUAUAUUUGUUAAGUGUUUUUAUUGUCGUAAAAGCGUUAGAAAUCAAAAGCUGAGUUCUCUCUAGAGCUCCAGCAGCAAAUAUGUUUGCUUAAGUCGUCUGGCUUCCAGUUUGUCUUGUUAGUUUUAUGUUCUUCUUUGCUUUUCUAUAACAGUAGGACCAUCCUACGCAUGUUUUACGCUCUGUAGAGAUUUUAACAGUUCAGGUCUGUGUCAGGUUUGUUGAGCUUGAGGUUAGAGAGUGCAGUCAUGAAGGAGGAGAUCGCUGCUGCUGUGUUCUUCGUGGCUCGCCUGGUGAAGAGAUAUGGUUGUCUGGAUAAUGACAGCAGGGAACGCUUCGCCGCUGCCCUCACCUCUGUUCUGUUUGAGAGCUACAAGAACCACUGGCACCUGAAUGCACCCACCAAGGGGCAGGCCUACAGGUGUCUCCGUAUGAACCGUGUGCGGCUGCAGGAUCCCGUGCUGCAGCAGGCCUGCGAGCGGAGUGCGGUGCGGUACGAGGAUCUCGGCCUUCCACACGAGCUGACGGUGUGGGUCGACCCUGGAGAGGUGUCCUGCAGGUACGGCGAACACAGCACUCCAUUCUGCGUCUCAGUGGUGGACAGCUGUCGUCGUGGCGAUGGGGAAUUUUCCCGCCGCAUCCACGAUGCCGUGGAGCGGGCGAGCCACGACGUCCGAUCAGGAAGUUUCUCAGACGACGACACCGAGGAGGAGGGGUGCGGGGACAACAGCAUGAGCAACAACAGCAUGAGUAGCAGCAACCUAUCAACUCUCUGCCCGGCUCCGAUUCCGCCCGCCAACCCUGAGCCCAAGACCAUCCCAACUGUCAGCAACCCCAACAGUGUCUACAGGUUCAGUGAGUUUUCUCCAGGCGCCCCUCAGACCUGGCUAAGGGAGAAGCGGAAGGCCUUUGCUGGCGAUCCAUUCCCACCUCAUCCUCCCCCAGUUGGAGGUCCGACCUCCCAGUUCUCCGGCCAGAAAGGCUUCAAGUCCUAUCGAGCCACAUUCACCUUCACCGGGCCUCGUGUUGACAAGUACCACUGGGUCAGCAAAUCCAGAUCCUAGAGCAACCGAGCCUUCAGCCUAGAAGCAGAAUCGAGUUACUGCUUGGGACAGCAGCCAUAGACACUGUGGUUGGGGGAGAAAAAAGUUUCAACGCAGUUUACGUAUCUUUAAGGGAUAAUUAUUAUUAAUUGCAUAUGGUUUAAAGUGUUCAUGAUUUAAAGUAAUGCUGUUUAAGCAUGUUUUUAAACGUAUAAAUAUCAAGUAUUUUAAGCAGUUCUCCUUCUAAAUGUGUUUUUAAACUAAAAGUAAGUGUGAAUAAACAUUGAACUGUCAUUGAAAAGAAAUAAAAGCGUCUGUGUCAGCUCUGCUGGUUGUCGGAA